AUGGCUGAUCAUGGUACCCCAAUCAAUACAAAACUCGAAGGCCGAAAAGCUACUAUAAAUGAAUCCGGCGUCUUCAAAAAGGCAGUUGAUCUCCUAACUCCAAUCAAUGUUACGAGAGUGCGCUGCUUGGCUCUUGGAUCGCCUACUGCAGAGUUUCAAGCUCUCUACCAGCUAGCUUUCUUGAUUCUAUUGGUGGAGAAGUUUGACAUCAACGAAGUUUCGUGUUGGGACCCUGCUUUCACUGAAGAUGACAGAAAGCUAUUGGAUAGAUUGAACUUCGCCGUUGAAGAGAAGGAGGAAUCUCAAAGUGCUGUGGUAGCUAAAACGCUAUAUUAUAUGCCCCAUGCUCCCAGAACCUUUACCAAUGAUUUUAUAAAUAGCAUAGAACCACGCUGGAUUCUAGGUAAUGAUCUCACUGUUACAGCUGGAACACUUGGUAAAGCGAAGUUUCUUGAAACACUACCGACUCUAGCGACCAUUGUGCACAUGACUGAGGACCAAGUUCCCAAGAAAGAUGACGGUUUCAACACGGUGAGCCGAAGGAAGAAGAAAAAUCAAAAAUUUGUCUAUAAAGAGCCCGAGCUCGAGUACCCAGUGAAGGAUAUGUACUUUGAUCAAGUGCAAAUCACUAGAAUCGAUGGAGACUCUAGUCAGCCUUGGAAGGACCUGUUUAGCGACAUGGCCUUGAACGUAUUCAGGCUAAAGGAAGUGGAAUCAGCACUUGAAGAGCUCUCCAUAAGCUAG